AUGGUCCAGUCUGAAAACAGAAGGCUAAUAUUUGGCCUAAUGGUAGGAGCUGCUGGAAUAAGUUUAGUCAUGUUUUGGUAUCGCAAGACUCAGAAACAAAGGAAACCCCUAUGUUUGUCCACGCUUCUGAAUUCAGAGAGCAGAUUUGAUUUGGUAGAUUUUCCAUACGAAACGCAUAAUGAACAAGGAACUGUAAAGCUGUUGCAAGGAAGACAGUUUCAGAUACUGGAGAGACUGAAUGGCCUACUGGUAAGUGUGGAGGAGCUUAAAAAGGAGGUGGCAUUUCUGAAAGAAGCUGUCCCAAAGUUGGAAGAACUUGUUCGAGAUGAGCUCCAAGGGAGAACAGAUACUCGUAGGACCAGCCCUUUACACAGAGCAACAAGGAAGCGGAAAGCGGAGGCAGCUCAAGGUGUGUCAGACACCAACAGUUCUGAGGAGGCGGAAAGUGAAGGCGGCUAUGUUACCGCUCACACGGACACUGAAGGAGAAUCCGAGGAAGAGAAAGGAUGGAUCAGUUCAUCUGCAUCUGCUGUGACGCCGGAAGAUAAAAUAGAAUUGUUUAAUCUUCUACAGCAGGUAGACACGUUGCAUUGUGGUUCAGACAAUGAGAGAAGAGAGAGCUUCAGACUGUUGCUUGAAAAUGAGGAAAAGUACAAGCACUAUGCUGGCUUUCUUUGGAGACUUGCCCGAGCUUACGGGGAUAUGUUUGAGCUAACUACAGAUGUCGAAGAAAAAAAGAACUAUGCUUCUGAAGGAAAAUGUAGGGCUGAAAAUGCUAUUCAUCUCGAUUCAUCAAGUGCCGAGAGUCAUCAAUGGUUUGCAGUGAUGUGUGGCUAUCUGUCUCAGUUUGAAAGUAUACAGAACAAAAUCAAGAACGGCUAUCUCUUCAAGGAGCAUCUAGAUAGAGCAAUUCAUCUUAAGCCUCGUGAUCCAUUUUUAUAUUAUCUCACUGGAAGAUGGUGUUAUGAAGUAGCGCAGUUGUCUUGGAUUGAGAAGAAAGUUGCGACUGCUCUUUUUGGGACUCCGCCAACUUCAACAAUACAUGAAGCUUUGCAGAAUUUUCUUAAGGCAGAAGAAAUACAUCCUGGAUAUUCUAAAUACAAUUAUGUCUAUUUGGCAAAGUGCUACAAAGAACUUGGCCAGAGGACUGAUGCCUUGAAGUGCUGUGAUUCUGCCCUGUCGGUUCUGUCUGCCACCAAAGAGGACAAAGAGGCUGAGAAGGAUUUAGAAGCUUUACUUCUUUCUCUGAAGCUGUGAAAAUAAACCGUGCACAUUCAGUU